AUGGACUAUUCGUACGACGAGGACCUGGACGAGCUGUGCCCCGUCUGUGGGGACAAGGUGUCUGGCUACCACUACGGGCUGCUCACAUGCGAGAGUUGCAAGGGCUUCUUCAAGCGCACGGUGCAGAACAACAAGCACUACACGUGCACCGAGAGCCAGAGCUGCAAGAUCGACAAGACGCAGCGCAAGCGCUGUCCCUUCUGCCGCUUCCAGAAGUGCCUGACAGUGGGGAUGCGCCUGGAAGCCGUGCGCGCUGACCGCAUGCGGGGCGGCCGGAACAAGUUUGGGCCCAUGUACAAGCGGGACCGGGCCCUGAAGCAACAGAAGAAGGCACAGAUUCGAGCCAAUGGCUUCAAGCUGGAGACAGGCCCCCCAAUGGGGGUGCCCCCGCCGCCCCCUCCCCCGCCGGACUACAUGCUGCCCCCUGGCCUGCAUGCACCUGAGCCCAAGGGCCUGGCCUCUGGUCCACCUGCUGGGCCACUGGGCGACUUUGGGGCCCCAGCGCUGCCUAUGGCUGUGCCCAGCGCCCACGGGCCACUGGCUGGCUACCUCUAUCCUGCCUUCCCUGGCCGCGCCAUCAAGUCUGAGUACCCGGAGCCCUACGGCAGCCCCCCACAGCCCGGGCUGCACUACGGCUACCCAGAGCCCUACUCCGGAGGGCCUGGUGUGCCCGAGCUCAUCCUGCAGCUGCUGCAGCUGGAGCCAGACGAGGACCAGGUACGGGCGCGCAUCGUGGGCUGCCUGCAGGAACCGGCCAAAGGGCGCCCCGACCAGCCUGCACCCUUCAGCCUCCUGUGCAGGAUGGCUGACCAGACCUUCAUCUCCAUCGUGGACUGGGCACGCAGGUGCAUGGUCUUCAAGGAGCUGGAGGUGGCCGACCAGAUGACACUACUGCAGAACUGCUGGAGUGAGCUGCUGGUGUUCGACCACAUCUACCGUCAGAUCCAACAUGGCAAGGAGGGCAGCAUCCUGCUGGUCACUGGGCAGGAGGUGGAGCUGACCAUGGUGGCCGCCCAGGCAGGCUCCCUGCUUCACAGCCUGGUGCUUCGGGCGCAGGAGCUUGUGCUGCAGCUGCACGCGCUGCAGCUGGACCGCCAGGAGUUCGUCUGCCUCAAGUUCCUCAUCCUCUUCAGCCUCGAUGUGAAGUUCCUGAAUAACCACAGCCUGGUGAAGGACGCUCAGGAGAAGGCCAAUGCCGCCCUGCUCGAUUACACCCUGUGCCACUACCCGCACUGCGGAGACAAGUUCCAGCAGCUGCUGCUGUGCCUGGUGGAGGUGCGGGCGCUGAGCAUGCAGGCCAAGGAAUACCUGUACCACAAGCACCUGGGCAACGAGAUGCCCCGAAACAACCUGCUCAUCGAGAUGCUGCAGGCCAAGCAGACCUGA